AUGACUGUUCCGGCAUACGAUCAGGCUGUAAAUGACGCCUUCGUGCUCUACCCUGGUGGAAAGUUUGGCUAUGAAAAACGCGACGUACCUACUCUACAGUCUCAACGCGAUGUCCUUGUUCGAGUCAUAGCGACCGGACUCUGUGGGUCAGAUGUACACUACUGGCAGCAUGGCCGAAUCGGACGGUACGUGGUUGAGAAACCUAUCGUUCUUGGCCACGAGUCAUCCGGAAUUGUGGUGGAAUGUGGCAUCCAGUCAGGUUUAUCGGUAGGCGACCGCGUUGCCCUUGAGCCUGGUAUCGCAUGCAACUCGUGCUCCUUUUGCCGUGCCGGUCGGUACAACCUCUGCCGAGAUAUGCGGUUUGCAGCAACCCCGCCGUACGAUGGAACGCUUGCAACAUACUAUCGGGUUCCCGCGGAGUGCUGCUAUAAGCUGCCGCCACAUGUCUCGCUACGGGAUGGCGCCUUGAUUGAACCCCUCAGUGUUGCCGUGCACAGUUCCCGGCUGGCGGGCGACAUGCAGGAGAAGUCAGUGAUCGUCUUCGGGGCCGGCCCGGUUGGCCUACUCUGUGCUGGAGUCGCCCGCGCCUUUGGAGCAUCGACGGUAGUCGUCGUAGACGUCGUCGAAAGCCGUCUCCAGUCUGCUUUCAAGUACGGUGCCACCCACACUCACCGUACCACAUCAGAUUCAGUUGAGGAAAACGCGUUGGAGAUCCUCAACGCUGCCGGUUUGGAACUCGGGGCCGAUAUUGUCAUGGAUGCUACCGGAGCCGAGCCAUGCAUGAACACUGGUAUUCAUGCCUUGGGGCCUGGAGGGACAUUUGUGCAGGUUGGCCUCGGGCGACCGAAUCCAUCUCUCCCGGUAGGUCAGAUCUGCGACAAGGAAAUCGUCUUCAAAGGCAGUUUCCGAUAUGGUCCGCGGGAUUACCAGACGGCGAUAGGGCUCGUCAACUCGCGCCGCAUUCGCUUGGAAGGUCUGGUCAGCCAUGAGUUUUCCUUCUCGCAGGCGGAGGAUGCAUUCCAGAAUGUCGCCAGUCGAGCGGGAAUCAAGAGCGUCAUUUAUGGACCUGGAGUGGAUGAGGAAAUGGCCAAAGCCACAUUAUCAUAG